UGUCAGGUGACGGUACUUGGAAGAAAAGAGGCUUUUCAUCUCUGCUCGGCGUAUCUACGUUGAUCGGCAAGUACACUGGGAAAGUUUUAGAUGUCAUGGUCAUGAGUAGUUUUUGUGGUGGAUGUAAUUUGUGGAAAAAAAAAAAAAAAAAAAUCCUUUAGAAUACGAAAUGUGGUAUGAAACGCAUGUAGAUGAAUGCACCAUAAACCAUUCCGGAAGUUCCGGUAAAAUGGAAAUAAGUGCCAUCACGAAAAUGUUUCUGAGGUCUGUAGAAAAAUAUGGCGUAAAGUAUCUAACAUACAUUGGCGACGGUGACAGCAAAACUUUCAAGGGGAUCCUAGAUACUAAACCGUAUGGAGAUACUGCGGUAACACAAAAAGAAUGUGUGGGUCACGUAGAAAAGAGGAUGGGAACACGACUUCGGGCUGUUAAAAAGGAUAAAACCAAUAAAGGAAUAGGAGGAAAAGGAGCAGGUAAACUUACUGAUAAAGUUAUCCAAGAAAUUACAAAAUUCUACGGAUUAGCAAUUCGACGCCAUCCAGAUUCGCUUGAAGAUAUGAGAAAGGAAGUUUGGGCAACGUACUAUCACAAAUGUUCUUCUGAUCAAAACCCUCAGCAUCAAUUUUGUCCAGAAGGCGAAGACAGUUGGUGUAAAUGGCGUAAGGCUGAAGCUAAUAAUGAACUGGACCAAUUUCAUCACGAUAAACCACCUCUAAUUCCGCAAGUCCAAGAAGCUAUCAAACCGGUUUUCGAAGAUUUAUCGAAAGACGAAUUAUUAAUUCGUUGUUUAGGAGCAGAGACACAAAACAAUAACGAAUCUUUGAAUUCUUUGAUUUGGACUUUCGCUCCUAAACAUCUUCAUUCUGGUCCCAAAAUUGUUGAAAUUGCUAGCUACUUAGCAGUUAUUAUCUUUAAUGAAGGUUUUCAAGGUAUUUUAAAAGUUAUGUCGAUUAUGGGAUGCCCUGUUGGUCGUGAAGCCCAAGCGUAUGUUGAGAAACGGGAUGAAAAGCGAAUCUUACGUUCUGAGCGGCGCGUAAGUGAUGUCGUUAAACAAGCCAGGAUUGACUCAAGAGCUGAACAAUCUGCUUUAAAAGAGUUUCACGAGGAAGAGGAAGGAAUACUCUAUGGACCAGGCAUCGCCGAUUGAGAAUAAGCCGAUCAGCCGGAAUCGUGGAGGAAGUGGGAGCUCUUUUUUUCGAGGCGGGGGUGUUCAGAGCGCUGUAACUCUAGUUUGACUGAAUAUUUUUAGCUGAAAUUUUAUAUUUAUACUGUCCAAAUAUGUGUUAAUAAAUGAUAAAAAACUUGAA